AUGUCUACCUCCUUGCUCUCAGCUAUCUCCAAUCUCCCUUCCACCUCUUACCACCACCCUAUUGCCACCGUACCGUCCGGGUCGAGCAAGCUUAACCCAUACCUCCCUAUCCCUCAAGCUUCUGGCAAUGUCACCGUCCUCUUCACCAACCCCACUUUCCUCCCUUCCGUUCCUUCGGCCUCCCUCAAAAGAACGGUAGUUCAAGUCGUAGAUGCUGAAGAAGUCGUAACACCUCGAGCUGCCAAAUCACUAUCGUUAAUAAGUAGAUCGGCCCAGGAAGCUUAUGAUCACUCUCUACUUGCUCUUCGAUUAGCUCAAGAUGAAGAUGCUCUGGUUUAUCACUUUAUCGCAUCGGGAUUGGAUGGUUCAGUUCAACAGGUAGAGGACGCAGAAUCAUGGUUGAGCGGACCAUUGGGAUCGCCAAACCCUGCGAAUGGAGAUGCCAACGGAGAAGCCGUCGAUGACCUUCUCUCAUCAUACGAAGCUAUAUCUCUUUCCCUGCUCAAGCUCACUAGAAGAGCUCAACGAUCGUUCGUCCACCGAAAAGGAGAUUCCUCCAAACUCAUAGUCAACUUCCUCCCCUCUGCCAUCGAGGCUGAAAAUGUCAUCGACGUCGUCCUCGCUAUUCCCGUACCCAAGGAGAAGCUUCGAUCUUCCCUUACAGGAGUACAGGAAGUAGUGGUAGUGGAAGGUGGCAACGGAAAAUACGGAUCUGGAUGGGCCUCAGUGGUCGAUGCUCUCGAAGGCUCCGAUGUCAACAUCCGAUCUGUAUUGGUCGCUGGUGAUGUAUCCCCAUCCGAGAUCUCAUCAGCACUCUCAGCUUCAGCUCCUAUCACCCGAUUAGGUAAACCUGCGAGCCACUCAAUCCCAUCCUCAUCUGUCGCUAUCCCCUCCCCUGAAUCCAGCUACACCUCUCUCCUCGCUUCAUCUCCCACGCCUCUGGAAAUUCUCAACGACCCAUCACACCUCGCUGCAAACGAAUCUACUUCGCCACUUUACGCUUUCGGUAAGGCUGUCGCCCUCCGAAAGGAACGAGCUAGACUCGUCGAGUUGGCAAAGAAGAUUCUCAAAGCCUCUAACACCCGAAAAGAGGUUCACGAAGCUUUGUCUGCUUGGUUGUUAGUUCGAGAUGAGCAAGGCGCUGCCGCUGCCGGAAAGAAAGUAGCUCAGGUGGUUGGUGCAGGUGACAGUGCAGAUGAGAAGGAACUUGCUCAACUCGGUGAAAAGGGUCACUGGGAGAAGAGAGCUCUUUGGAUUGUUAUUUCCAACUCUUGGGCCGUCGAUCUUGCCUCUUCUGGUCUUCAUCAUGCUCUUGCUUCUGGUCUCGACAUCAACCUUCUCGUUUACGAGACCGCUUCUUCACCCUUCUCACCCAAUGCUCCCGCUCAACCACCCAAAGAAAGGAAGAAGGAUCUUGCUCUCUAUGCUCUCAACAUGGGUGACGUAUACGUUGCAUCCGUAGCUAUCUACGCCGACUAUGCCGGUGUGAUCAAUGCUAUGCGAGAAGCCGAGAACUACUCUGGUCCUGGUCUCGUCCUUGCCUACUUGCCUUGGGGAGACAAAGAAGAUGGCGAAACUGUAUCAGAGAAGGAGAAAGCUGGACCUCUGGAACGAUUGAGAGAAACCAAACGAGCUGUUUCUGGAGGCUGGUGGCCUAUGUUCAGAUGGAACCCUUCUCUCGCCGAUGAGAAGCGAUUCACCCUCGAUUCAUCUUACAUCAAAGCUGCUCUUUCGGAAUUCCUUGAUCGAGAAUCCCAUCUCUCCCAACUUACCCUCUCUCAACCAUCAAUUGAUGCCUCCGUUACCUCCUCGGUCGGCAACGAUCUCAUCGCUGCCCGAAAAGAGAAAGCUCGAAAAGCCUAUGAUGCCCUGCUCAAUUCCCUUGACGGUCCUGGUCUUUUGGUUCUUUACGCUUCCGAUGGUGGAAAUGCCGAGAAAGUUGCCAAGCGAUUGGUCGGUCGAGCUAAGAUGCGUGGUGUGGGUGCUUCUCUUCGAGUCCUCGACGAGAUCGCUCCUUCCAUCGUGGACUCCUUAGCCGAGGAGAAGAACGUAUUGGUUCUGACCUCUACUGCUGGUCAAGGUGAAGCUCCUCAGAAUGGUAGAGAGUUCCACAAAGCCCUUGGUAAACUCUCUGCAUCCGAUAAACUUGCCGAAACCAAGAUCACUGUCUUCGGUAUGGGUGAUUCUCACUAUUGGCCACGACCUGAAGAUGCCGGUUACUACAACAAGCCUGCCAAAGACUUCUUCCCUCGACUUCUCGCUCUUGGAUGUGCUGAGCUCUGUCCAUUGGGUCUCGGUGACGAUUCCGAUCCGGAUGGAUAUAUGACUGGAUACAAGCCUUUUGAAGCUGGUUUAUGGAGAGCUCUUGGUGUCGACAGUGUCGAAGUUGCUGAAGAAAAGGAGGAAGUUGUUGCCAAUGAACACAUCAAGAUCGCUUCCGAUUACUUGCGAGGUACUAUCCUUGAAGGUCUUGAGGACAAGACGACAGGUGCCAUUGGUGCUUCCGAUGCUCAAUUGACCAAGUUCCACGGUACUUAUAUGCAAGACGACCGAGAUAUUCGAGAAUCGCUCAAAGCUCAAGGCCUCGAACCUGCUUACUCUUUCAUGAUCCGAGUGCGAAUGCCUGCCGGUGUCUGUACCGCUGAUCAAUGGUUACACAUGGACAGAAUCUCUGACGAGCACGGUAAUGGUACAUUCAAGUUGACUACUCGACAAACUUUCCAAUUCCACGGUAUCAUCAAGAGUCACUUGAAACCUGCCAUGCAAGCUAUUAACCGAAGUUUACUCGACACCAUCGCCGCCUGUGGUGACGUCAACCGAAACGUUCAAUGUUGUGUCAACCCCGCCUACUCUAAAACCCACAAGACAGUCUACGAUUUCUCCGUCGCCAUCUCCGAACAUCUCCUUCCAUCCACCAACGCUUACCAUGAGAUUUGGCUCGACAAAAAGAAGGUCUACGGUGAUGCCACUCAAGCUUUCUCUGCCGAUCACGAACCCCUUUACGGUCCUUACUACCUUCCUCGUAAAUUCAAGAUCGCUGUUGCUGUACCUCCUGACAACGCUGUUGACGUUUUCACCAACGAUGUCGGUUUCAUCGCUAUCGUAGAGAAUGAAGAGGUUAUCGGUUACAACGUCAGUGUCGGUGGUGGUAUGGGUGUUACUCAUGGUAACAAGAAGACUUACCCUCGAUUGGGUGAUGUUCUCGGUUUCCUCAGCCCCGAAGACGGUACCAAGGUGGCCGAAAGUAUCAUGCUUGUUCAACGAGAUUACGGUAACAGACAGGAUCGAAAGAACGCUCGAUUGAAGUACACCGUUGAUCGACUCGGUGUUGCCAAAUUCAAAUCUCUCGUUGAAGAGCGAUGGGGUAAGAAGUUCGGUGAAGCUCGACCUUACCAGUUCACCUCUAAUCUGGACAAAUACGGAUGGCACCAAGGCCACGAUGGUAAAUGGCACUUCACCAUGUUCAUCGAGAAUGGAAGAAUCGAAGACUCCUCAAGACAUCAAUUCAAAUCAGGUCUCCAGGAGAUCGCGAAGGUACACAAAGGCACUUUUAGGCUCACUGCCAACCAGCAUCUUAUCCUUUCCGACGUUGCACCAGAGGAUCUCGAAGAGAUGAAGCGAUUGCUUGCCAAAUGGGGCUUGGACAACAUCGAUCAUUCCGGUGUCAGACUUUCCUCUUCGGCUUGUGUCGCUUUCCCCACUUGCGGUUUAGCCAUGGCCGAAUCGGAACGAUACUUGCCCUUGUUGAUUGACAAAGUUGAGAAGAUCUGUGAAGAGGCUGGUGUAAGGAAUGAUGAUUUGGUAAUGAGGAUGACCGGAUGUCCUAACGGUUGUGCACGACCAUGGGCAGCGGAAGUGGCAUUCGUCGGUAAAGCCCCCGGAUCAUAUAUGAUGAUGUUAGGUGGUAACCAUAAUGGUACACGAUUGAACAAACCAUUCAUCGAAUCCGCUACCGAACCUGAAAUCUUGGCUGUGUUGAAACCCAUGAUCAAGCGAUGGGCAUUGGAGAGACAUGAUGGCGAGAGAUUCGGAGAUUGGACGAUCCGAGCUGGAUACAUAAAACCUACUACCCACGGAACGAAUUUCUGGGAGAAUGGUUUCCCAUCUGCUAAUCAGGCUGCUCAGGCUAUUACCGCUUAA